AGAAUUAAAAUUUAUUUACACUUUGACUGAUGGUGAGGUUGAAAUAAAUGUGUACGAACGUGUUGUUAUUAUUACGAUUUUUACGGGUUUUGUUUGGUGCCUCAACUGUUUUGGUAAUCUGAGAAAGCAAUACAACAGAAAAAAACAGUCUCGUCGUUGCCGUCGUGUAUUCUAAAGAUACCAACAUAAUUAUAUACACUCAUGUUCACAUAUCUAGAUACAUGAACACAUGCCUGUGUAAAUUUGUAUGUAGGAGGCUGUUUGUGUGAGUGCGUCAGAAGAGUCGUAUACAGUGGCUUAAAAAAGUGUGACGACCAGUGUCACUCGGCUUUGGAUUUCUUUGCCAUAUGUGUGACGUGGUCUCGCGUAACGAUGUCCGAAUAUUUUGAAAUCUCUAUAAAUCGAGCGUAUAGCAAUAAACACUACGCAACAUAUUUUGACAAUGAUGUCAAAGACGUUAAUCGGAAUCAAGCGAAAAAUCAUCAGUAUUUACUCAAAAAAUUCAAUGAAAUGGCUGCUUCGAGUCUUAAUUACGCCUUAAAAGAAAAAUCAUUUUGUAAUGAUGAUAGCUUUCUUUAUCGUUUUUUGCAUGCGCGCAAAUUUGACUGUGACAGUGCAAUGGAAUUGCUCAUAAAAUAUCUACAAUACAAACAAAAUAAUGUCCAAAUACUAAGGGAUAUUAAUAUUUUCGAUGAACACAUUCAGUUAGCCCUAAGGGAUGGCAAUCCGGGAUUGCUGUCGCAACGUGAUAGACGUGGGCGAAAGGUUGUGACCUUUACAGCGGCCAAUUGGAAUACAAAUAAAUAUAGACUGCAGGAUAUAUACCGAGCCCUAUUGCUAACACUUGACAAAUUAUUAGAGGAUGUACAGAAUCAAGCCUUGGGUUUUGUCAUCAUAGUAGACUGGACCAACUUUACCUAUAGACAAUCUACACAUUUAACGCCGAAAAUAUUGAAAACCAUGAUUGAGGGCCUACAGGAUUGUAUGCCAAUAAAAUUUAAAGGUAUUCACUUUAUAGCGCAACCAUGGUAUGUGGAACUAGCACUAUCAGUAAUCAAACCAUUCUUCAAGGAAAACAUCAAAGAACGUUUCUAUGUGCAUGGGACAAACCUGAACUCGCUGCAUGAAUUAGUGUGCAAAGAUAUACUGCCUUCGGAGUUGGGUGGUGAAACACCUAAUGUUAAUAAUUUAGAUUGGUACCACUCCCUUUUGGAUUCCAGCCAGUCCACGGAAGAACAUGCCACCAAUAAACCUUACCGAAUAAUAAAAGAUAUAGUAUACUCAAAGCCCUCUGUCAAGUUGGACGAUAACUUUAAAGAUACAAAUUGCUCAAAUUCAGUAAAGUUAAAAUCAUGAUACAAAAAAUUGUUUUCCAUUGAUUUCUAUUGAUUUUUAUGAUUUCUAUGAUAGGGAAUAUUUUAAAAGUUUAGUUAGCAAAAAAAAUCCAAACUCAUUUUAUUGUGCACUAUUCUUUAUUGCAAUACAUAUUGUAUAAACUAUGCCUUUACUCAAUGAUUAGUUCCUCUAAAGCGAUGGGUCUUUAUUAGGCACUACAUCAUAUAUAACAAGUAAGAGCGCGUUAAGUUCGGCCGGGCCGAAUCCUAUAUACCCUCAAUCAGGAACGCAGCCAAAGGGGGCCCGAGCCCCCACCAUAAUUAUCGUGUCUGAAGAAAAAAUUUAGAUUAAUUUUAUUCUAAACAAAAAAUUUCAGUAACAUUUAUAAUUUAUAUAUAUUUAUAUACAUAUUGAUAAUAUUUUACAAAGACAACAUUUUGCUUAGAAAAUAAUUUUUCUUAAAGACAAAAUUGUAAUGAAAUUCUUCUUACUAAAGACAAAAUUUCAGCGUAACAUUCUCUAAUAACAAAACUUCAGGCCCGUGCUGAACCCUCCUCGAAAUUAUUUUUAAGAGAAAAAUUUCUUUAAAAAUUUUUUUAAGGACAACAUUUUAAUUAAAUUUUUUCUGAGGACAAAAUUUUAAAAAAAUAUUCAAUAAAAUUUUUUCUAAACACAAAA